GUAGAAUAACACACAGUAGAGGAGACACACCAAGUCAAGUGAAGAAGCAGUGAGUGGGUGUUUGUUGAAUGUUGAGCUGAGCAGAGGAAGAAGACGAGUGGGAAAUCGCACGUUCCAGCCAUGAGGAAGCGGGAUUUAGCCAUUCUUAUGCUCGCAGCUUUCGCCAUUUUCUUCUCUCUUCAGCAAGAUGGCGGAGUUUCCUUCAAAGAUGCCUGGAUGCACUUAACCGAUGAUUACCCAAUCAAAUACGAAGCCGAACGCCUUCCGCCACCGCUAGUCGCCGAUCUAAACGGAGACGGCAAGAAGGAAGUUCUUGUAGCAAUUCACGAUGCUAAAAUUCAGGUGUUGGAGCCCCAUAGCAGGCGUGUGGAUGAAGGAUUCAGCGAGGCGCGUGUAUUGGCCGAGGUGUCUUUGCUGCCUGACAAAGUACGUGUCAUGACCGGGAGACGCCCCGUUGCCAUGGCCACGGGAUAUAUUGACCGAUAUAAAGUUGGGCAACCCCAGAAGCAGGUUUUGGUCGUAGUAACGUCGGGUUGGUCCGUAAUGUGUUUCGAUUCUAACCUACAAAAGUUGUGGGAGAAUAAUUUACAGGAGGAUUUUCCACAUAAUGCUCACCACAGGGAAGUUGCAAUCUCUGUGACCAAUUAUACUCUGAAGCAUGGAGAUACAGGAUUAAUCAUUGUGGGUGGGAGGAUGGAAAUGCAACCACAUAUUUCUAUGGAUCCUUUUGAAGAAAUGGGAAUGGGAGCCAGAUUUGCUGAGCAGCAUCGGAGAAGUGCUUCUGAAAAGGAGGCUUCUGAAAACUCUGGAACUGUGGAUUUACGCCACUUUGCAUUUUAUGCAUUUGCUGGUCGAUCUGGUACAGAACGAUGGAGCAGAAAAAAUGAGAACAUUGAAGCACAUUCUUCAGAUGCAUCACAGUUAAUUCCACAGCAUAACUACAAACUUGAUGUUCACGCCUUGAAUACCCGUCAGCCUGGAGAGUUUGAAUGCAGGGAAUUUAGAGAAUCAAUCUUGGGAGUCAUGCCACAUCACUGGGAUAGGAGAGAAGAUACUUUGUUGAAGCUGGCUCACUUCAGGCGCCACAAGAGGAAAGCAUUGAAGAAGACACAAGGAAAAACUACACAUUACCCUUUUCACAAGCCUGAGGAAAAUCAUCCUCCAGGGAAGGACUCAACCAAAAAAAUUUCAAACAUCAUUGGGAAAGCAGCAAAUUUUGCUGGUUCAGCAAAAUCUAGAAAGAACCUACCUUACGUUCCCACAAUAACCAACUACACUCAGGUUUGGUGGGUCCCUAAUGUUGUUGUGGCUCAUCUGAAGGAGGGGAUAGAAGCCCUUCAUCUGGCAUCUGGUCGAACAUUAUGCAAGCUUCACCUUCAGGAAGGUGGUCUACACGCUGAUAUUAACGGUGAUGGAGUUCUAGAUCAUGUGCAGGCUGUUGGAGGAAAUGGUGCUGAACAGACUGUAGUUAGUGGGUCUAUGGAUGUGCUACGUCCCUGUUGGGCUGUUGCAACCUCUGGUGUACCAGUCAGGGAACAACUCUUCAAUGUAUCUAUUUGUCACUAUUCCCAUUUUAACUUAUUCCAUCAAUCAGAACUUUAUAGAAGCUUCAGUCGAGGUUCUGAAAUUGCUUCAUUAGAAGUAGCAACGCCUAUUCUCAUUCCUAGAAGUGACGGUCAUAGGCAUCGGAAGGGAAGCCAUGGUGAUGUUAUCUUCUUGACAAAUCGUGGAGAGAUUACAGCAUAUACCCCUGGCUUGCAUGGUCAUGGUGCUAUUUGGCAGUGGCAACAAACAACUGGUGUUACAUGGUCAAAUCUACCUUCCCCAUCAGGAAUGAUGGAAGGAGGCACCGCGAUUCCCACACUAAAGCCGCUUUCCUUGCGGUCGAAAGAUAAUCAGGAAAUGAUCCUUGCUGCUGGAGAACAAGAAGCCGUGAUAAUAUCACCUGGAGGUAGCUUGUUGGCUACAAUUGAACUUCCUGCUCCUCCGACACACGUCUUGAUCUGCGAGGACUUCUCUAAUGAUGGGCUCACUGACCUUAUUCUUGUCACCUCUAACGGAGUAUAUGGCUUUGUCCAGACAAGGCAACCUGGUGCUCUCUUUUUCAGCACGCUGGUUGGCUGUCUCAUAAUCGUGAUGGGAGUUAUAUUUGUCACUCAGCACUUGAAUUCCAUGAAGGGUAAGCCUCGUCCCUCAUCAUCAGGUCAUCGGUGAAAAGCAGGAGCUGAAAUUUACACAUACUAGUUGAACUUUGCAAGCAUUACUGAAGAAACAGGAAACAUCAUGAGGUGUGCGCAGCCAGUGAGCAUCUUCAGGAUGAUUCAAAGGAUAAGGAAAUUUUGAGGAGAUGCUGGACAGUCCAGGACUAAUGAUUGUAAAUUUUGGACAAAAGAGACAGAAUGACCUUGCAUGUACGAAUUUUGAUUUUAUAUUGUUGUAAGGAAACUACACUCGCUGCUUCUGUGAUUUGACUUCUGUUUAGAGGAAACUAUACUAUACACCCUUGUCACGAAUUCAGAGUUAGUUGAUGCUCAGAAACUUACCUGACAGUCUUUAAUCUUUCCUCCGAUGGAUUUUCUUGCUAA